UUCAACCUUAUCCACUGUUUAAAUUAUCAAGAAUCAGAGCCAUGGAGCAGAUAGCAUUACUCCUUUCAAAUGCUGGACAUGAUGUAACAUACUUCGUCCACACGGAAUACACUGCCUCAGAAAUACUUCAAGCAGCAAAUGUUACCAUUAUAACAUACCAGUACCCCACUAAGGACCUAGCAUACAAUCUGGGAGGGGAUACGAUAACAGAUUUCACGAAAAUGACAAUUCUAGAAGAAAUGGCAUUUAUGUUUAAAAAAGGACAAAUCCACGACAUAUAUGUUAACUAUUCCAUUUCUGCAUAUUUCUCAGAUAUGAACCAAUGGAGGGGACUCAAAGCUCAGAAUUUUGACUUGAUAAUAUUUGACAGUCAAGAUUUUGCUUUAGGAAGGCUCAUGAAGGAAUAUCUAGACAGACCUGCCAUACUUUGGUCAAAUGCCGGCUUUGAGAUGCAUAUCGAUAACUGGCUGGUGCCAUUCCCUGUAUCAUAUAUACCUAUCAAUUUUGUGUCAUAUAGUGACCAAAUGACUUUUAAAGAACGAGCAAUGAAUACAUUUUACUAUGUGGCAUUACAGUACUACAUGAAAGACUGGUGUGAUACAACAAAUGAUGCUUUGGCAAAGGUCGCUGAUAAAGUUGGACUCCCUCAUGAAAUUAGACCUGUUCUCAAUGAUGCAGACCUCAUAUUUAUCCAGUCUAAUUUUCCAUACUUCUACCCUCGUCCAAUCAUGCCAAAUGUUGUCCCUGUAUUAGGGUUACUAGAUCGUGACCAUAAGCCAAUUGAUGCAAAGUUUCUCAACUUCAUAGAUGGCGCUAAUGAUGGUUUUAUCAUCUUCACACUAGGUACAUUGGCAACAGGUUUCGAUGCGCAAACUCGGGAAAUUUUUGCUACUGCGUUUGCGAUGUUGAAACAACGAGUUUUAUGGAGGUAUAUUGGCUCUGGUCCUCUAUCACUAGGCAACAAUACAAUGUUGUCACCAUGGUUACCACAAAACGAUCUUCUUGGGCACCCAAAAUUGAAAUUAUUCAUUACCCAUUGUGGAUCAGGAAGCUCGGGAGAAGCUGUUUACAACGCUGCACCUGUGAUUGGUCUUCCUUUAUUUUUAGAUCAGCGCCAUCACUGUGCUCUUUUGACAAAACGUCAUAAAAUGGGAUUAACAUUAUCAUUUGCUGAUAUCACAUUGGACACAUUUUCUGCUGCGAUUGUUGAGGUCCUCGGAAACCCUCAGUACAAGAAAAAUGCUGUAAAAGCGCAGAAACUGGUCCGGGAUCAACCCAUCAAUGCUACAUACACAAUUCAGUAUUGGUGUGAAUAUAUUAUGAAGCACAAAGGCGCACAUCACUUGAAAUCUUCUGCCAUGUUUGAACUGAACUUCUUCCAGUACUUCUUAUUGGACAUACUACUGCUUGUAUUAGUUACUGUGGUGAUUUCUUUGGCUGUACUAUAUUGCAUCAUUAAACAGUUGGUACUGUGUCUUUGUAAAUAUAAGUCCCAGAAACUUAAGAAAUCUUAAGAUAUAUUAUUCUUAUGGCAGGCUCAUGGCGGUCAGGCCACAAGGAUGAGAUAUAUAUAGCCAAAAUGACGCAACCUCCGAGGAGGAGCAGACUUACAGAAUACGUCUUAUGAUACAAUCAUGUAAUCAAAAAAUGAAAAUGUUUUCAGCUAAAAGUUAAAAAAACUUAUUCAUGUUAUUGAGCUUACACCUUAUAUUCCACAUGGAGAAAUUUAUUGUUUAGUUUGGUCGUCUUUGUUGUCAGGCAAAUUGUAGGAAUUCGAAUGAAAAUUCACAAGGAUUGGUCUUCGACAUUCCUUUGUGAACCUUUCAGGAGGAAACCAUAGAAUGUAUGAUAAAUUUAUGCAGCAAUACUAUCUUGGUUGUAUUGAAAAAAGUCACACCGUCAGUUGAUCAGAACGUCACACAUUUGCUGAUCAUUUUUGGGAAGUAAAUUGGAUUUUUUUUUAUUUGAAAUGAGUGCACAGUAAACUCCCUGAAUAAAGGAGAAAAUUAAAUAUUUUGAUCAAAAUUCAACUUGCUAAUGGGCUAUAGCAGAAAUCACGCCUCAACAUGGAGAUCACAAAAGAAUGCUGCGUGCAAUGUUGCUUGUAAUAAUGUUUUGUGGAGAGUAAUAAAUCAGUAUUGCUAUUAUUUAUACAUUUUUUUAUUUUAUAUAUUAUGAGCUGGAAUGUACAAAGAAAAACUGUACAUAUCUUACAAUAUAACAUGAAAUUCAACAUUAACUAUUGCUGUUAAAAUCAAUUGUUUUACAAUGUUAACAAAUAUAGCGAAUCAGAUGCUAUUUUUCACUGAAACUGAGAUAUAGAUAUAAUCCCAUCCCCCAGCAUUCGAUAGGGUUCUUCUGUCGUAUCAGCUGGAUUUCCAUUUCAAUCCAUUAGAAGGUUUAUGUGUCUUUUAUUUUGCUAUAAAAUCGUUAUCUCAAUAAACAAGUUUCAACGUAACACAAAUGAUUUUAACAGAACUAUACAUAAAUACAUGAACUCGUGGAUGACAAGGAUAUGCAAUGUACAUACAAACAAUAUAAAACCUAAGUCAAAAUAAAUAAUUCAAAUAAAUGACUAUUUUUGGUUAAUAAAUUGGUCGACCCUUCUUUCCAAUCUUUGAUGAGAUCAGCUCAUGUAUUCUGACAUUUUUACACAAAAAGUUAAAUUGAUUCACUUCUAAUGUCUAAAGGUAUUUAAAUUUCAAAACACUUUAUCCUUUCAUAUUAAAAUCAAUAUAUUAUCACUAACUAGUAACUUGGCAAUUCUAUUAUGAACAAAUUACACAUUCCCACUUGGCAAUUAAUAAAGAUCAUUUUUACAAGCGACAUACUCCCA